UGCUUCAUCAACAGUCCUCUAAUGGGAUUUGGCGAAAGAGAAAUGUCAUCUCAUCCAGAUCAUGAGACCAAUGCCGUCCUGAGAGCUUCCCAUCUGCCUCUGGUUCGCUCAGCGUUACAGAUGGUGACUUCGAUGUACUCAGGGGUCAAAGGUCGCUACCGUCUGCUGGGUCUGAUGGGAGGAAUGGCCGAGGUCGGAGUUCGCAGCUUUUCCCAAGAGGCCAUGAGACGAGCCACGCCCCUCCUGCAGAGUUUGGAGCCACAGAUCGAAGUUGCCAACAGCUUUGCUCUCGUUGGUCUUGAUCACCUGGAGAAAAACUAUCCGAUCCUGAACCAGUCAACAGACGAGGUUAUGACUCACCUGAAGGACGCCUUCUUCCUGACCCUGGAUGACGUGCAGCUGUGGGUGGUGGACGGCCUGGACGCAGCUCUGGAUCAGCUGGAGCGUCUGGCCGACGUAGGUCGGGUGGCUGUGCAGCAGCUGCAGAACACUCAGGUGGGCCAGGCCGCCAUGUCGGGACUUGAUGACGUGUUGAGUCGCCUGGAGGACGCCACCGCCUACUACCUGCCCCUCCCACCCACACUGCGUCAGGAAUGGGAGCUGAGGGUGCAGCAGUACGAGAGUGAAGACGAUGGCGAUGAGCCCAGUAUGUGGACGAGGGUCCGCAGCCUCCUGCUGACUCUCAGCCUGCAGCUUUAUCACCGCCUGAUGAAGAUCAGAGAGCAGCUGCAGAGAGCCGUCAGGAUGAUGGGAGUCGCUGCCGACAAGGUUGGUCUGCUUCAGGUCCUCAAGUUGUCCGGCGACCUGCUGCAGUUCCUGCAGGGCCUCCUGGUGGCGCUGGUGUACCAAGCAGAGGCCCUCAGAGAGGCCUCUCUGAAUGCGGUCAGAGUUCGGGCGACCAUGUUGGCAGAGCUGCGUGUGGUUCGUCAGGUCCGAGGAGUACCGCUCCAAAUCCAGGAGCUGCUUCAAGAGCUGAGGGAAGUGGCCAAGAUCAUCCUUCAGUUCAUGGUCAACACCACACCGCUUUACAACAUGCUGCAGAAGCCAUCUCCUCAGGAGGUGGAGGAAUUCUUGAACCAAGAGGAGCUUGUAUCCGACAACUCGUCUCGUCGCGGCUCGAGUAACAGCCUCUUCCUGAAGGCCAUGGACGGCCGUCCUCGCCGCCGCCGGAGCCUGCACUCCCGCGCCGCACGAGGUUCCGGUGGUCCCGUGAGCCCCGACCCUCCCAACGGCCGUCGUCGCUCGAGUCUGCAGGAGCCCCAAGCCCCAGAGGUGGAGGGCACGCCCCUCCCUUCCGAAGGCGCCGCCCCUCGACGGCCAUCUGCCGCCGAGCUGCUCCUCGCCCCGCUCAAACAGUUCGUCUCCCAGAGCCAGAAGGCCUUCGAGUACCUGACCCCCAACUCCUCCGAAAAUGCUGUCAACGCUACAGAAACAGCCGACUCCUAAACACCACGCUGAGGUUUGACCCCACCCUUAUCCCCCACCGACCGCGGCCUUUGACCCCGACCCCCGAGUGAUUACAGCCGGCCACCUCAGUCCUGGAUGAUCAGACGAACCUGCCUCAGCUGCUGCUGGUUUGUGCGUUCGUGUUCAGCCGCAAAGCCAUCACCAAAUUAUCAUUUGAUCGUUGACGCCUUUCUCGCUGUGGACAGGCGGCAACAUGCAAAACCUACAAGACAAAGAUUUUCUAUAGUUUUAGUUCCUCAUUAAUCUAAAAUUUGAUCCACUGAGGCCAAAUGUGUAGAAUCAUAUUUAUUAUUGUUCAUUGUAACGUCAUGGAUGAAGUGUUUAAAAGCAGGUUUUAGUUUAUGUUUUCCAUACUGCCAUAUCUUUCAGGAGGUUCUUAAGACAGAAGAAAUAAAAAAGGGCCCAAGACCGAUUCGUGUGGGACGCCUCCCAGAAAAACACCGUCACGUGAAUCUAGAGUAUCAACCUGCAUCAAUGUAAUUCCAGAGAAAACUCUGUCAUUGGGUUUAAUGUCGAGCCACAAAGUCCCAAAUAAAUCCCAGAUCUGUUUCACAUUUAGCUGAAAAUGUUCGAUAUUUAUUUCACAGUUCUUUCCAAUAUGUUCUAUGUAAGCUGUUCAUAAUCUGCUUUGCUUUGUAGAAGAAAAGCCUUUAGCCACAUUUCAUAACCUUCUUUACAGUCACGGAGUUGAUGAGAUGUGACUGAAAGCUGUGUUUUGUUUUUUUGGUCAACUUGCAGCUUGGUUAUGAUUUCAUUUUGUGUUUUGCUCCUGAUAAUCAAGCACUGAUGCAAAGUAGUGAUGAAGGCUCUGUGUUGUUGGUUGGAGAUGUGUGGAUGGGUUUAAUACCAAGACUUGUUGGGUAGACGAAUGUUCACUAAGUUCUGAAUUUUAUUAUCUAAAAAAAGGCAGAUGCAGUAGAAUCUAGUGAAAGUGAUCAGUGGUGGUUGUAAUUGUCCAAAAUAUCGAGCACUUUGAAAUAUUUCACGUUUAAACCUGUUAGGAAGUGACCCUUUUUAUUUGGACAGAAAUUUGCUGAAACUCAUUUAAUCUCUUUUAAUUAAUAUAGUUUUGAUAAUUUAGAAGUUAUCAUCGGUUUUAUGGUUGUCACUCUUGUCUGUAUGAAACCACUUAUGUAAACGAUGAUGUGAAAG